GCAUAAUGUCGAACAAGGGAGCCAUCAAGAAAACAACCGAGCCCAGAAGUCAGCUGAAGAGCCAGUCCUCGUUGAAGGUCAAGGUGAAAUCGACUAGUCAAGUUGCUGGUGAGACUGAAGAUGAAAAGGCUGAGAGGAGAGAGUUGCAAAAGACAGAUUUGGAGCACAAGAGCCAAAGUCUACAAAGAACUAAGGUGUCGUCCAAAACUUUGAACCAAAUAGAUGACAGGAGGGAGAAAAGGAGAGAGCCACAGAUAGUGGAUGUUAGAGCCUUGGGAGACAAAAAAACAAAGACUGGAUCUACUUUAGUUAAUAAGAAUAUCUUGCCGGAAAGGAAUCUAUUGAAAUCAAAGCAAAAUGCCUUUUUGUCCAGUUCGAGCAGUCAAAAGCCUUUACCUGCUGCAAGCACUUCAAAAAGACAAACAGCUUCUAAAACAAAGUCUGAAAGCCUUGCCAGGUAUGAGAGCCUUGGUAGUAAGACAAAAGCAAGUGUGCAGAUGAGUAGUCGCGAGAAAGCUAAGUCAUUGUAUAAUGAAGUGAGAGGCUCGAGUUCCAUUUAUGCUCCCAAAGAUGCAGCCAGCCGGCUGAGAAGCUUAACCAAAUCGAUGGAGGCCAAGAGAGUUGAAGGUAAGUCCAAAAGAUCAGAGGAAACAUCUUCCAGACGAAUUUCAAGAGAACGUAAGCAUUCGAGAACUUUGAGUCCUAGUGAGAUUAAGGUUUUGAAGCCUGUUGUUAAUAUAGCUAAAAAUAGUUGUAAAGAUGAGGAUGAUGGGACAUCUGUGAAAACUGAAAGUGAUAUUGAUGAGGAUACACCAUAUGAAGAUGAGUUUGAGGAUUAUGAGUCUGACUUUGAUGAUGACAGUACAGAUAUAAGUGAAGAGUCAGAGCACACUGAUCUAAGUUUGAAAUUAGAGCCCAUUGAGUUACAUACAGAAGAAAGGAGGAAGCUAGUAGUCAGUGCAGACAUUCGCAAGAGUAAGGAAAAGCGUGGAUUAGACUCUGAACUAACUGAGGCAAGAAAAAGAGCUAUUAUGAUUGAUUCAUUGAUGAUUAACACUAUGAAAACUACACAACUUGUGUCUGAAGCAAAAGAACCAAACAACCAGUCUUAUAGAGAGGAAAAACAUGCCGAAGUUAAAUCCCUGCCUUCAUCGACUGAUGAAGGCUUUGAAGAUUUACGUUCGGGUGAUUUUGUGAAAUCACCAUCAGUCUCACAAAUCACUCUUGUGAAUCUUGAAAAAUUAAAAUCAUCUAAAAAAGUGCGUCGAAAAAAAUUAACAAGAGGCCAAAUAAUUAUGAAUAUGAUUAAAUUUGAUACCGUUGAGUGGUCACUGUAUGAGUCAACUCCAAUUUCUUACGAUGAGUUUAUUCGAAGCUAUGGAAAAUUAAAUACUCAACAGACUUACACACAAACAAAUGAAGAUAAUCUUGAUGUGGAAAUUCAGACUGACAAUUAUGAGUCUGAAAACAAGUGGACGCAGUUCCCUGUAAAAUGUAGAAAUAUUUUGAAAACAAUUGAUGAUGUAAAACUUUUUAAAAUCGAGCAUGUAGGCGUCGGUGGAGAUAGUGGCGAUGACGUUUCAUUAGCUAAUCCAUUGUAUGAUGUUUUAAAACUAAAUGAUUUCUUGAGUAGAGCCGGGAAAGUCAUGUUAGCUUUGUUGGAAGAAAAAGAAUCUGGUGGAAAUAUUUUGCAAAAUGACACGCACGAGUACCCUUUUAGCGAGGGCUUCAUUAAACUUUCAGUUAGUUCAUUAUCGUUUUUGUGUGGCAGGCAAGUCCUAGUGCUGCAUUAUUCGGAAAUUAAUAAUAAAAUACUAAUGAGUAUUCAUGCUUCAGUCAGUCAGAAAACUGAAACUGAUAGUAAACAAGAUUAUAUAAUGGACUGUUGUAUUGGUUGUGUCUGGAAUGUCAACGAACCAUCAAGACCAAUAAAGCUAUUUUUCUCACAGAGUCCCAUCUCUGCUUGUUGCUUCCAUUGUACAAAUAGCAACAUCAUCUUUGCUGGUCUUGAAGAUGGCUCGAUUUGCCUGUGGGAUUUGCGAGAAGAAGAAACGUGGCAUCAGAAAAUAAUAGACAAAGUCCACGAAAUGGACUGGGUAGUGCGUAGCGCCACGUAUACUACAGCUGCAAAUUGGGAAAUUGAAGGACACAAGUCUCCAGUAAUAGCUAUUCGAGUAAUAUCUAAGAUUGAUCAAGAGGACACAGAGAACUUGAAUGACAAAUUCGUCUCCAUUCAGAUUUGUAGUUUGGAUGAAGAGGGUCAUUUAAUCAUAUGGAGUGUUUUACGUAAUCUUAGCUCCAACAUUGAUGAUCUGGGCUUGUCACAGUGGGGAAAAGUGAGGCUUGUCAAGAGUCAAGAAGUGCCUUUGUUUAAAAAGAAUAACGAGUCUAGUCAUGUGAACAAACAGUUUAUUGAUAUGAAUGUAGACAACGUCGAUAGUAAUAACUUGUAUUUAGCAACCAAUGGUACAGAUAUUUUGUAUACCAAUUGCGCAGGAGUAAAGAAUAAUAUACUUUAUUACAAGAUCAAUGAAAUAGAUUCUUGUGGUAGCACAACUUGUCUUGAAGUCUGUCCAUUCAAACAGUCGUAUUUCUUUGCUGGAUGUAAUGAUGGAAGUAUUAGAUUGCAUUCGUUAAAUGUUGAAACACCAAUAUUAAGAAUAAAAGAUGAACAUAGUUCAGCUGGCAUAAAAAGUAUUCAAUGGUCGAAAUCCAAACCGUUGACCAUUUAUGUACUAGAUAAUCAUUCCAGGAUUGCUGUGUGGAAUCUUGGUAACAGUGACAUACAUCCAUCACAUACUGUUUCAACAAAAAGUUGGGGCCACGUCAAGUGUAUGAGAUUGUCACCUUGCAAUACAAAUCGAGAUAUGUCAAGUCAAUACUUGGCUUUAGGUACUGAUACAGGCAACGUAGAGGUUCACAAGUUAAAAAAGAAUUUUUACAUCUCGCAUCACGACGAUUUAACGCAGGAAAUUGAUACAUUCUUAAGAUAUGUUACAGUUUUGUAGUUUUAA